AUGUCUUCCGUCUCCCGUUCUUCCCCAACCCUCGCCACCCUUCCCGUCUUCCCUGCUACCCAUAUCAUGGGCUACUUGGAUAUUGACUCCCUCUGGAAUCUAGCAUGUACGUCUAGAGUAUUCAUGGAGUUCGUCCAGGAUCUGAAAAUCCGUACUGGCGGAUAUCACGUAGAUAUUCAACAGGGUUUAUAUAAAAUCCAUCUCCCAGCUAUCCAUUACUAUUACUCUUACUAUGAAGAGGAUGAUGAGUAUCUCAUUGAUUCGAUGGACAAGGACUACAAGGAUUUCCAGAGUCUAUUCCCUGAAAAUAUUGAUGUUUUGAGAAUUGACGCAACCCUUGUCAACCACUUCCAUCGCUUCAAUCAAGAGUGCACUGUACUUUCCGUUGGUGAACAUCCUAUUUAUUACGAUAAACAGAAAAUGAAUGACUGUUCUACGGAACAGAUUAAUCUACUUCUGAAUUCUGUCAAUUUCCGGAAAGGACUCGCAUUGAAUGGACCGAAGCCACUAGUCACUGAGAAUGAGAAGAUUUUUAAUAUCGAUUGGCUGCAUAUCAAAAAUUGCACAUGGAUCACACCGGAAUUUAUUAGGAAGUUGAGGAACAAGAUUGUGUAUUUGACGGGUGCUAAGGAAUUGACAGAGGAAGACAUCAAUCAAUAUUUGAAGGAUUUGAAGAAUGGAAAAAUCGAUAAUAAGAAUCUUCAAGUGAUAGGAUUCAACACUGGAUUUGGUCGACCUCGUUGGAAUAAAGAAGCUAUUCUUGAUGGAUUGGACACAGUUAGAGCUGCAGAUCAAAUCUACAAAGUGGAGGAUUUUGAUAAACGAAUUAAAUCGGAGCUUUUCCUUGGCGUAGUGUCUGACACUGGAGAUAUCAAAAUUGAAGAUUCAUUUGAUUUCACUAGAGAUGAUGGAAUCAAAAUAAGCGUCGAAUUCAUUUGUCGGACUGUGCGGAUUUAUAUUUGGAAUCAGAAGCAGAUGCAGAAUCUGGAUAAGGAUCAGGAUAUGGAGAAGGUCACCAAGAAACGAGGAUACCCUGAGGAUACCAAUGGACCAGCUGCAAAGAAGUCUUGCUUAUAA